AUGGGUUGUGCAGCUUCAUGUUUUUCUAAGGACAAACAAGCUGUUGCAAACGCAACCAAAAAUUCAGCCAACAAAGAUAAAGACAAAAAUGAGGAUAAUGCAGAGAAGGUAAGCCAAACAAGAACARCUUCUUCUUCUCUCCAAGUCACCUCAAGCAGUUCUUCCGAUAAUGAUGGCGGAGCCUGGUCCCAUUGGAGGAAUAAACCCAGCGCUUAUGGUAAAAGUAAGGAAUUUACCAUUYCUAUGCCAUCACCWCCUAAAACACAGUCAGGACAUGCCAAUGAAGSAAACACUCAGGCAUCAACAUUGGGGAAAAACUCAUCAUCCGAUGCAUCCUUGCAAGGAGGUGACCUUGGACACAAGGAUAGCUCGUCAUCAGCGGGUUCUUCGGAUGUUGGCCUCACACAAGCAGUGUUUAGUACACUGUACUCACAAACUCAGGAUCCUGCAUAUGGAGAGAUUGCUGCUAGUCUGAGCAAUGUAGGUGGAAGUUCSUCUUCUUUAAAGAAAAGUCAGCGAUGUACUACUCCAGGCAGUAAGAUUCCUGUUUUUGUGUACAAGGAAGGUGUGGCAUCACCUCCUUCUGAUAACAAGACAAGAUCACAAUCAUUUCCAGGCAGUAAGAUACCUGUGGCAAAAGGCAGUACAUUGAUGUCCCCUACMGUAUGUGACAAAGCUACUUCUCCAAUGGACCCUAACAUGUCAGGCUCUUCAUUGGAUGAAUUUGAAGAUUGUGAACCAUCUGACACAGGUUACCAGAGCACUAGUAGAGCUUCUCCAUCAGCUUGGAUGAAAACAUCUCCAGUUCCAGGUCCAUCUGGUAUAAGUGUUUGGAGACCAAUGACACCAACCUACAGUCAGUCUCCCAGCCCUCCUUUGCCUCCAUCUCCAGGGCUAUACAGACAAGGCUGUAACUUACCAGAUGGAUUCUGUUAUAACAGAUCUCCUAGUUCGUUACCCAGGAGUGAAAGUAUGUCAUCACCUCUUUUAUGUAGGGGUAAAAGGAUACCUGGUGCUGUCACAUAUAAGAAAGGUCAUUCCCCUACGCCACCUUCAACUCCAAAGAGAGGUUAUCCUUCUACAAGUGGUAGCACACAUAUGUCACCUAGGAGUAGGAUACCUGUCACAACAAGUUGCGGAAGAUCACCUACACCACCAACAACUCCAAAAAUAGGUUCUCCAUCUCCAAGUGGGAGAACACUUAUGUCACCUCGUAGCAGGAUACCUGUCACAAGUUGCAACCGAACACCUACACCGCCAACAACUCCAAAAAGAGGUUCUCCAAGUGGUAGCCCAGCUAGGAGAGUGUAUGUGACUCCUUCUCCUCCUCCCAUCCAAAGAGAAUCUUCAAUGUCACUGUGUGCAAACAGCACAAUUGGAGUUGAAGUGGGAAAUAAGGACUGUAGAUCUUCCACUUCACACAAUGAAGUACAGGAUAAUGCCGCAGAAUAUACCACUCUGUCUUGGGAACAUACAUCCUCACCAUCCUCACCAAAAUCAUUAGACAAGAGGAACAGUGAAACAUAUUGUUCUUUGUCUAUUGACAAGAAAUCUCCUUCACCUAGUGGACAAUGUAGAAGUGAAGGUUCUUCUGCAAAGGGUGUAAGUCCACCUGCAAGUGCUACUGUUAUCAUAAAGAUCCCUGUUAGUGAGGAGCACUACUAUAGUAGUUUGUCAUCUCUAAAUGAAGUCAAAGCUUCUCCUGCAAGUCCUAACAGUUAUGGAGGUAUAAGCUUUGAUGAUAUGCUCCAGGAUGGUAUGAAAAUACCCAGUCCACCAACAAUUAAGAGGCCCUCUCCUGCGUCAAGUCCCCGACGAUCUAUUUCAGUUGGCARUGGCAAYGGAAGACUUUCACCUYGUGACUUAAUUUCCACAACUGAUGAGAGGAAUGCCACUCCAUUAUCAGUGGAACUGCAGCCUUCAUUUUUGCCAAGUAGUGAUGCAUUGCACCCGAAGAUGUCUAGUAUAGCCUUACUAGAGAAAAUAAGUCCACCAGAAAGCCCAACUUUUAGUGGCAGGAUGUCUGUUGCAMMAGGCAARGGCAGCGCAUUAUUGGACCAUACUAACAGCUGYUAUUCACCUGAUUUUGUUUCUCAAAGUAGAAGGAGUUGGACCCCUCCACUCRCYAACAAUGGUAGCCCAGACAUGGCAUAUCAUUACAGUGAUGAAUGRGAAAGCUGUGYUUCAAGCCCUAGGGGAUCACCUAUCAAGUUUGAUGGUAGCCAGUCUGACUGGAAGAGUUAUUGCUCCAGUCCUGAUAUAUCAAUACCAGGCCUAACUGUCCAGAGAAAGAAMAAAAMACACAGUCCUCCUCCAGAUAACUCAGUUCAGAUCAGCUCAGUUAUGGAAAGCUUCAAUGUGAGCCCAUGCAUUUCCAAGAAGGACGUUUUGCCUCCUAUCAAGYCGAGUUCGUCAAGUCUUCCAACUCCUUUAUUGACAGCUGAUUCUUCAUCUAUUCAUAAUAUCCGUAAGACUGAGAGUCUAGAAACAGAUUUUCUGAGCAGAAGAAUGUGUAUUGAAGAACCAACAGAYAGGAUUGAAAAUGUAGAAGAGUUCUCAAAGUUUGUUGACCAAGCCUUUGGAUCUGGUAUUACAGCAAUGAUUGAUAAUGAUAAAGCAGCCCAGGCAACUGGAUCCUGUACAUCAUUAGACUCCAUAGAAAUGGAUGAAAACAAUUUCUUCACUGUCAGGUCUCGCAAAGGCUUAACUGGUGGUCAUGUUACCUUAAUUACAGAAAACGGCAAGAAAAAAUUGCCAAAGCUGAAAGCAAAGAAGAAACCCAACAAGCAUUAAGGGUGGCGUUAGUUUGUGCCUAGCCUUGAUCCUAUAACUUUUGCACAGCACAUCAAAGUAGAUCAGUAGAAGAUCCUUUGGUAAUCUCUUAAUUGACGAGAAUGAAACUCGAAUUUUUUAUAUAUAUAUUUUUUAUUUUUAUGAAAUCUGCCCUUAUUUAUUCGACUUUUUCUAUUUUACAUUUGUUUACAGAUUAUUGAAUCAAUUAAUAUAGACUUUAUAGGAUCAAUAAGGCUAGGCAUAAAGUAAGGUCGCCCUAGGGAGGCCACUAACUAAUGGUGGUCCAUAAAGCAGCAUCUAUAAUCCACACAGGUAAGUAGUCAAUGAAUUUAUAUACUGGGUACACUUACAGUUAAUUGAAGAAGUCCUGGCUGCUAAC